AUGUCCGACUACAAGAAGGGUGACCGCGUCGAGUACCGCCCGAUCGGUGGUUCGAGCGACAACGUCGCGCACUCGGUCGGCACCAUCACGGGGACGGUUCAAGAAGAAGGUGUCGACAAGUACACCAUCCGCAAUGAGAACACCGGCAAGGAGACCACUUAUCAGGCUAUGAACAUCGUUGGCAAAACUAGCGACAAGUAG